UAAAAUGCUGUGAUCCUCCUUGUAUAAAUAAUCUCAGUUCUGUAACAUCCCAGUUUAGUUGUGUUUCUGCAACGAUCCUGAUGUUCACCCGAAAAUUGCAAGGUUUCGGAAGACUAAAUUUUAAAAAUAGGCUAAUGCCAUGUUAAAAUACGGCUGAAAACAGUUCUACAUAGUUCAGUUUUAGUCCUUUCUAAAAAGUUGUACAUAAAUUUGCGUUUAAUUUCUUAUUUGCAUACGCAAACCGUGUGGAUAGGCAUCCUAUCCUCGUCAUAAUAUCAUUUCCAAUAUCGAUAAGACACAAUUACAGAUAAGAUAACAGCGAGAGUUUCCUAUGCUCACAUAUCUCACACAUAUCGUCACGUCAAUAAUUCGAGUUUAGUUGACGAUACGAACUAGUUUGCUGAUUUGCGUAAUUAAUGAUCAGCAUCACCUGUUUGUUACCGAAAAUUUAGCAAACGUGCAUAAAUAAUAAUUUUCAAUUUGUGCAAAAUUAUGUGAUAGUAAGUACAAACCGGAAAUUGUCCAGUUAAGAGAAAUGUCGCCCACAUUUUCGCCAAAUUUGGUUCUCGUCGUCACAACAAGCGUCCUCCUCACCUUAAUAUCUUUGUCGAGUGGGAGGAUAAAAUUUGCCCCUCACAAUGUCAACGCUUAUAUUAAUGAAGACACCACGACCUGUCCGGACUUCGCGUGUCCAAAAGUCCUCUGCGAUUUAAAGCGGAAAAACGUUCAAAAUUUUUGUGAGAAUGUGCAAUGUGUGGGAAUCGAGGUGGAGAACUGUACAGAAAACAACGCCGCAGGGGCGGGGAGGACAAUGUAUGAAGAAAAAUUAACAAUGUGUGGAUGUUGUCCGGGUUGUGUGAAGUAUAAGGGUGUUGGUGAAGAAUGCGAACAAUACCCUCCCCCUCCCAGCCCUGACCCGGAGUGUACCGAUCAAUUUUGUAAAGUUUUAAUGAACACGUGCGCCCCCGGUCUGAUUUGUCCGCUGGUUGGUCACAAUGAGAAAAAGUGUAGUUACAAGUCCACCUUGACGGGGGGAUUUUCCGAGCUGACCUCGUGCCACGAUAAGCGCGCCCUCGCAUUCAGCAACGACCUUUACUGGACCCCACGAUGCGAGGAGGACGAGUCCUACAGUCCGAAGCAGUGCAAAGGCUCGUACUCGGGUGGAAUCUGCUUCUGCGUGAGUAAAGAAGGUCGUCGCAUUUUUGGGACGGAAUAUCAACGCCAAGCGCAAAAUCAGACGUGCGCAUGUAGUCGACAAGUUCACGAGCUACGCGAAUCCGGUCACAUUGCCUCGUUUCACUGCACACCCGACGGAAACUAUGAACCCCUCCAGUGCGACACGGAAUCUGGUCUUUGUUACUGCGUGGAACCGAAGACUGGGAAAAUGACGGGGGCUGUCCUGCCGGAAAACGAGUGGAAAAAUCUGCCCUGUUUUUCUCUCAAUUUGACCAACUUCAAUCCUGAGCUGGGCUAUUAUCGGGUGUGCGAGAGCGAAUGGGCGCCCGCACAAAAGUUGUCGCUUGAAGCGUCCCUUCACGGCUUGAAGGUCUUGUCGGGAAGGAGGCUCAAUUGUGAUUUUGAUGGAAGUUAUGCCCCAGUGCAGAACAUGGAUCAACUGACAAAAUGCGUCAACAAAGAUGGCACGCUCAUUGGUGCAUAUCGAGAUUCGGAGGACAAACAUGACACAGAUUGCCAGUGUGUCAGAGACGAAAUAAAAUCCUGGCAGGAAGGGAUCCCGUUUAUGAAAAGGUGUGCCGACAUAACCGGAAAUUACGACGUGAUUUCACCCAUCGACCAAACUGCGCCGCAACAUUGGCGCUGCGUGGACCGAGACGGAAUAUUUUUCGGCGAGGAUAUCGUCGAGGAUCAGUACAAAUGCUGCCUUUACGGGAAUUUGCCUACUUAUCCGCCCAGAAAUUGUGACAAGGAGCCGAUCAAUGUUAAACAAAAGUGCUACGAUCCGACAAUGAGUGACGAAUGGAAUAAGGACAAGAUUAGGCCGUGCUAUUUCUGGGCGACGUAGUAUCCGACGACAUAUUUAAUGUUUGAAAUUAUUAAUAAAAUCGCAUUUUUUCUAUGUUUCGUCACAUA